UAAUUUAAUUUUCAAUGUUCAAAGACUCCUUCCCUAUUAUGCCUCUCUUCCUCCAAACCCGUUCUACAUCCAAUCCAUAUCCAAUAACAAACCACACAAUUCAAAAACAAACUCAUAUCUCCAAUCUUUUUCAUUUCUUGAUCAUCUUCUCCCCGUCGAGAUUCAAGAAUGCCAAUCCAGGUAUGUUUUUCAUUCGCAGCCUACGCCAAAACCCUAAUCGACAAUCUCAAAUCCCUCAACGUUCCGAUUCUCCCCGGUCUCACCGAUCAAGAAUUCUCCACCAUUGAAUCAAACUUUAGUUUUACUUUUCCUCCUGACCUCCGCUCCAUUCUUGAAGAAGGCCUCCCCGUCGCGCCCCACUUUCCGAACUGGCGAUCAUCGUCUCCGCAGCAGCUGCAAAUUCUUUUGAACUUGCCAUUGUUAAACCUCUCUAAGAACAUCACUCAUAACAGCUUCUGGGUGGAUUCCUGGGGUCAUAAACCGGACGAUGAUCGUAAAAAAACGUUAGAUAUUGUGAAGAGAUACUCUAGUGAAGCUCCGGUUCUUGUACCUAUAUAUGGAAACUGUUACAUUCCGGCGUCGCCUAACACGGCGGGGAACCCGGUGUUUUACGUCGACGAUGGUUGUGUUCGUGUCUUGAGCUUUGAUCUUGCUAGGUUUUUUCAGCAGGUUGAAUUGUUUAAAACUAGUUGUGGUGGGAGUGUUCAUAAUUUUAGUAGGCCGGUUAAUUUUUUAAAGAAUUUUGAUGAUGACAAUGAGAAUAAAAUGUGUGUUAAUUUGCCGGCGUGGGCGGCUAAAACAGCGCGAAAGGUGGAUUUUUGGACGGACGUGGCGGAGAGAGGGAGGAAAGUGGUGGCGCGUGGAGACACGCGCGGGUGGUGGAAUGGGGGUGAGUGUUUGUUAGGGGACUGUUUGGAGGAUGUGUUUUGGAAGUUGAGAGAUGGAGGGUGGAGAGAGGAGGAAGUGAGGGAGAUGAUGAUGAUGGACGGCUGUGAUGAGGAGAGAGAAAAGGAUGAUGACGGCGGGGUCCAGGGUGGAAAAGUCGUCGACGUGGUGUGGCACGUGAGAGUUUUGUCUCUGGUUUUACUGCGUGCGGGAUGGAGUAGGGAAGAUGUUGUGUACUCGCUUGAUUUAGAAGAUCAAGAGGAUGGAAAAUGUUUGGAUUUUCCAGUUCCGAAGAGUAGUUGUGCAUUACAAGAUGAUGAUCACCAUCUGACGGCCAGUAUUAAGCAGUUGAUGAACAUGCAAUCUCUUGAGGUUUGACUGCUAAAACUGGGCCCCAUCUUAUACCCAUCAAUUUUGACAAUUUCUUUUUAUUUUUUGUUAUUUUUACUUUUCCAUAAUUGGAUUAUAAAUAUUUAUUAAUGUAAAUAUUAGGUAUAUAUAAUUAA